GAAUCCUGAAUCGUGUGAAUGGCGGGUUUUGCCUUGUUCGUGUCGCAAUCUUUACUUGGUUUCAGCAGUUGGCUAAAGCAAUGGCUACGUCGUCAUCCGUGAUAAUACUGUUCUUUACAAUGGGGAUCUUGAGCUGCUGUACGACUCAAGAAAUCUUAAAAAUCUGGCGAGAGUCGUCAAUUCAAGUUGGUAAGGACGAUAUCACAGUACCAGAAUCUCAGUGCGUUAAAGCACAACAGCAAUGUGACAGAUACAACGCCAAACACCUCACACAAUGUUUGUGUUCCUGUGAUAAUAUUGGAGGAGAAGUGUCGGCGUUUUGGGAACCUAAUUCGACUUGUAUUCCAGUCAGUAGUCUUCGCCAACAAUCAGAAUGCCAGUUACUCUUUACAGACGAAAAAGCUGACCAACGCUUGAAGUUCUUCCCAUAUAAUAAAACAUCUCUUGAAAAAGACGUAGCAGUACCUACCAACCAGAGUUGUACCUUUUACUACGGAGAUAAGUUUUUUGUCCAGUACCUCGAUUGUGGAGGUUCAUGGAAACCGAUCACAUCAUCAAAUGCCCUCAGUACAAUAGAGUUGACUCCUGGUUGGUCAACCACCGUUCUUAAAAUGAGGAUCAAAGGUGGAUCGACAGUUUUUGCAAAGUUAACAGCUGGUCACCUCGUAAGAGUUCCGAUACAAUGUCGUCGAGCAAACUCUACGGCUGAUCUCUCAAGCUCUUGCAUCGUGUUCAUGAGCGACGGACAAGUUGAAUGUCCAUACCCUAAGCAAACUGUUAAUGCGACGCAUACAAUACACCCAGCGACUUUGCCAACACCAGUUACGCGAUGGCUAAAUUGGACAGAAGCAAACAGAGAACUCGAAACUAGCACGCAGACAGAGGCAAGGCCAAUGACAACAGAUGGACGACUUCUUUCACGUCCCGUAGAAAACUCAACGGGGUCAUCGCUGAGUCCUGCAACUUCAUCCUUGGUACGUGAAUCACCUUCUACGCAGACAACUUCAGCGACAGAAUCAAGCACCAGCAAAGUCAAAAGAGGCGCAGGAACAAACAAUGUCGUGAUUGGCAUCGCAGUGGGAUGUGCAGUUGUGUUUGUAAUUUUUCUUUGCUUCCUGGUAUUACUUUGCAAGCGAAGGAAAUCAAAAAAAAGUCAGCAAGAAACAAAGUCAGCAGAUAGGAACCCAGUGGUUGAAAUUCAAAUUGGAAGACUAAUGGAACACUUUUCAACCUCCGGUGAACAAGAAAGUCAAUCGACAUACCAAGAACUUAUUAGCAAUAGCGGUCAAGGUGGAACUGGGCACAAUACAGCAGAUGAUAACUCUGGUAACUACCAUCUUUACCAAAAAUUAGACAAGAACGCCCCUGUUACAGCUGCACAAGCUUACCAAAAUGUUUGUACACCAAUUGAAGCACCAGAUUACCAAAAUGUACAGACACGAGUUGCAGCAACAGAUUACCAAAAUAUCCAGACACCAGUUACAGCACCAGAUUACCAAAUUGUCCAGACACCAGUUACAGCACCAGAUUACCAAAAUGUGCUGAUCUUGCAGGGUGGUUUAUCAUAUUUGUCUGUGGACACCCUUGGGGGUCAAACAGAGUCUCCUUAUGAGCCCCUAAAGGGGUGUGUUGGGCAAAAUGUGUACGAAUCCCUAACCAAAGAGGCAACUGAAUUGCACGGACAACAUAGCUAUAGGUCUUGAGAUGAAGACAAAGAAGCUCUAUUCGGUACAAGGUGGAUUUGAAUCAAGUGCUGUUUGGGACCUGUUUGAAGUUAUCUAUGAAAAAGGCAACUCUGACUUUCAAUUGAUUUUAGAAUUUUGAUUGAAAAAAAAAACAAUCUUGUGUCGAAUAGGA